CAUGCAUGAGCUGUAUGCCUACUUUGUCAGUAAGCAUGCGGUGAUGCCCAUGCAUUCUAAUGAAAUCGAGACAAAAACCAUACAAUCAAUGACCAAGGCCAUAAUUUCUAGUCACUGUAGCACUAGGGCUACGCAUGAUAUUCGACAUACAGGAAGUAUCCAACCGCUUCGACAAGUGUGCCUCAUUCACCGACAACCAAGCCUCCAUCCAAGCGUUACAAAACCUCGAGUACCCGUCAAGAUAAUGCAUCCUCUUUGGGGGGAUACAAGCACUCGCAGAGGCCCAUAGCUGAGGAUGGGAGCUGAUCAAGUAGCCAAGGAAGCCGCCGGCUUCAGCCCCAACGCGGAUUCUCACGCGAAACUCUGCUGUGCUCCAAGGCGCGUCGCGCAAGGUUGAAAAUCGUGGUUGGGUGUUGCUUUGGUUUGUAGAGCUAAGUAUGGGCC